CGGGGGAAAGUCCGAGGGUGGAGCCGGGUGAAAGGCAGGGCUGGAUCCUGACAUCGGUGUACUUUUCCCUCCUCCGUCGAGGCGCGCCACGCUGUUCCCUGCCGGAACACGCGCCCCCAGGAACUUCCCAACCUCUCCAGCGCAAAGGCGCACGGGUCACCGCUUUGGCGCACCGUCUCCAGCGCUGGAGACGACGCUGCGCUGCGGAUCCCUGCGCUCCUCGUGGGUAGAAAGACUCGCCCCCUCCUUCUGAGACCGGGCACGGCCCCUCGGGUGUUCGUCCCUCCAGGGCGCGCGUCCUUUUGCGCGCAAAGUCGCCAGAUCGGUUCGGUUGCAGAGCUUCUCGGGGAUCCCCAGCCCAGAUCUCCAGGGUUUCCCCCAGUCGCGCACGGACAGGUCUCCCGGUUCCGGCGCAAUGGAGAAGGUGAAGGCGCGGGCGCUGCUGGAGCAGCCUCUGCGAGCCGCCAGCUACAACGGCUACGCGCUGGCGGAGAAGCCGCCGCAGGCGCUGCCCGGCCGCUCCUCCGCGGACGCGCCGCGCUGCCCGAAGGCUGCAGCCAGCUCUUUCGAGAGCUGGAGAGAGGAGCGCACCCGCAGCGAGGAAGACAACGAGAUGAACCUGCCCGGCUUGGCCGCAGCCUACAGCACCAUCCUGCGCGCCCUGGGCGAGGACCCCGAUCGCCAGGGGCUGCUCAAGACCCCCUGGAGGGCGGCCACCGCCAUGCAGUUCUUCACCAAAGGCUACCAAGAGACCAUCACAGAUGUACUAAACGAUGCCAUAUUUGAUGAAGAUCACGACGAAAUGGUGAUCGUGAAGGACAUAGACAUGUUCUCGAUGUGCGAGCAUCACCUGGUUCCAUUUGUGGGAAAGGUGCACAUAGGCUACCUCCCUAACAAACAGGUGCUUGGACUCAGCAAGCUGGCAAGGAUUGUUGAAAUCUACAGCAGAAGAUUACAAGUUCAGGAGCGCCUUACGAAACAGAUUGCCAUCGCCAUCACGGAAGCCUUGCAGCCCGCGGGUGUUGGGGUGGUGGUUGAAGCGACGCACAUGUGCAUGGUGAUGCGAGGGGUUCAGAAAAUGAACAGUAAGACUGUAACCAGCACGAUGCUCGGAGUAUUCCGGGAAGACCCAAAAACCCGGGAAGAGUUUUUGACGCUCAUCCGCAGCUAAAACUGUGCCAUCUUCCUCCGGAUUGUCUUGUCUGCUGUUGGUUAUUUUGCUGCUUUGUUCCCUCCUAUCUCUCUCUCUUUCCUUAAAGUAACUGUCCACUUAAAUUCCCUUGUUUUUUCUUAUUAUUGGUUCUGUAAAAGAUUCUUCAUGGUAAGUCCAUUGUGACCUUUCAUUCGCUCAAGGCAAGCUGACCCCCAUCUGGGCGGUUCCAAAUAGUCUUGAAAAAUGUUUUCUCAGUCGAAAUUCUGGGCAGGCCCCUCUCACAGCGCUGUCUGUUGAUUUUGGUGGGUGGUUCGAGUGGGAUUUUACCAAAUUUGUUCUGCUUCUUGAGAUCGUUUAAAGCGCUUUUAAGGAAAUGCUCCUGCAGAACGAGGGAAAGCGAAACCCCUUCUUUUCCAAAUAACUCCCAAAAUGCAUCCUUCCUUCAAGGGGUGGAGCAGAGGCAGGGAACCCAAGGGCCACAUUCCUUCACAGGGCCAACCGUCCAGGGGGCCGCAUGCCAGCUGUGAUCCCUGCAUUGCCGGGGGUUGGACUAGAUGACCCCUGGGGUACCUUGCAAUAAUUCUGUGAUCCUAUGAAGCCCUUCUCCCCAGACUGAAAACUCCCUGGUUCCCAACACAUGGCCAGCCACUGUCCUUUCAUGGGGAUGUUUUUCUGUGUGCGUCGAAGAGUCCCGUCCCCUUCCUCUUAGGUAACCAAAAUGCCACCAUCGUCAGAAGUAGUUUGCUGCAGUCUACACAGAAAAUUUAUUGAAGGGAUGUUUUGUAAACCUCUUUAAUUAAGAAAAGGUGGUGCAGUAACUGGAAGCAAGUGUUGAGCAGGCUCUUAAGCUCCCCCCUCCCCAGCCUGUGUCUGACCCACUUACUCAAAACAUGGGGAAAUCUAUCAUUUGCCAGAGCUUGGAUCGGUAAGUCAGUAAACUGGGGACACCUGGGCCUCUAGAAGUUGUUGGACUCCAAUUCUCACCUGCCCCAACCAGCUUGGCCAAAGGUCCCAGGGAUGAUGGCCGUUGUCAGAAAGCUUUCAGGAAAGGGAAAUAACCAGGAGCGACUCCCUUCCGAGGAAAGGUUGCAACAUUUGGGACUAAACUGAAAAAGCGAGGGAGGCGGAAGUUAGCCAUGGAACUCACUGCCACAGGAUGACCACCAGCGUGGAUGGUUUGGAAAAGGAUUAGACAAAUUCGUGGAGGAUACCCAGCUCUACCUCUCUUUCAAAUCAGAAGCAGUGAAGGUGGUGAAGGUCCUGUGUGAGUGCCUGGAGGCGGUUGGAGGAUGGAUGGCGGCUAACAGAUUGAGGUUGAAUCCUGACAAGACAGAAGGACUGUUUGUGGGGGACAGGAGGCGGGCAGGAGUGGAGGACUCCCUGGUCCUGAAUGGGGUAACUGUGCCCCUGAAGGACCAGGUGCACAGCCUGGGAGUCAUUCUGGACUCACAGCUGUCCAUGGAGGCGCAGGUCAAUUCUGUGUCCAGGGCAGCUGUCUAUCAGCUCCAUCUGGUACGCAGGCUGAGACCCUACCUGCCUGCAGACUGUCUAGCCAGAGUGGUGCAUGCUCUAGUUAUCUCCCACUUGGACUACUGCAAUGCGCUCUACGUGGGGCUACCUUUGAAGGUGACCCGGAAACUACAACUAAUCCAGAAUGCGGCAGCUAGACUGGUGACUGGAAGCGGCUGCCGAGACCACAUAACACUGGUCUUGAAAGAUCUACAUUGGCUCCCAGUACGUUUCCGAGCACAGUUCAAAGUGUUGGUGCUGACCUUUAAAGCCCUAAAUGGCCUCGGUCCAGUAUACCUGAAGGAGCGUCUCCACCCCCAUCAUUCUGCCCGGACACUGAGGUCCAGUACCGAGGGUCUUCUGGCGGUUCGCUCAUUGCGGGAAGCCAAGUUGCAGGGAACCAGGCAGAGGGCCUUCUCGGUGGUGGCGCCGGCCCUGUGGAACGCCCUCCCAUCAGAUGUCAAAGAGAAAAACAGCUACCAGAUUUUUAGAAGACAUCUGAAGGCAGCCCUGAUUAGGGAGGCUUUUAAUGUUUAAUAGAUUAUUUUAUUUCAUUUUCUGUUGGAAGCCGCCCAGAGUGUCUGGGGAAACCCAGCCAGAUGGGCAGGGUAUAAAUAAUAAAUUAUUAUUAUUAUAGCCAUGAUGGCUUUUCUCUGCCCUCUACUGUUAGAGGGGAGGGGAGAGAGCGGAAGGCCCAUCUGGAUUUUUCACAGACGCUCACUUUCAAAAUGGCAAUCCAGACUUUUCCAACCUGCUCUUGGCCUUGAAAAUCCCGUCAGUGCCAGCCAGUAUGCCCAGUGGUCAGGGGCGAUGGGCGUUGGUGGUCCAACAACAUCUGGGAAGCCCUGGGAUGCAGAAGGCGGUGACCCUCAUCCUUGUGCAACGGAGGAAGAGGCUGGAGCAGAGCUGCUUCGUUUUUCCCUUGGGGACGGAGCCGGCAUCAUUCCUGUCCAAACUCUGCUUUUUUGUUUCGCCACAGAGUCCUUCCAAUAUACCUCUUAACUGGACUUUUGGAAAACUUCUCUGCUGUCUCUAUAAAGGAGAGCUGGUUCAAGGGAGCGAUUUAUUCCUUCUCUUCCCCGUACCACGAGCAAAAAGAAUCAUAGAAUCAUAGAGUUGGAAGAGACCACGAGGGCCAUCCAGUCCAACCCCCUGCCAAGCAGGAAACACCACCAAAGCAUUCUUGACAUAUGGCUGUCAAGCCUCUGCUUAAAGACCUCCAAAGAAGGAGACUCCACCACACUUCUUGGUAGCAAACUCCACUGCCGAACAGCUCUUACUGUCAGGAAGUUCUUCCAAGAAGUUCCAAGCAGCUUGCACCCUUUGUGGCCUUAGAAUUUGUUGAACUUACAGCUUGGUGAAUUUGUUAUUUAUGGGAAGCUUUGCUCCCCUUGGCCUCAUCUAGGUGUUUGGGACUACAGUCCGGGGCGGAUGGGAGUCACAGUCCCCAAACGGCUGGAUGAUCCCCGGGUGAGUAAGGCUUGCUUGUGCCUCUUCUUUUGCGGGGGGAAAGUGACCCUUAGUCAACGUUUUCCGUGCCCAGUCUGUACAUAAAUAAACGUAAGCCAUGCACUGUCCGUCGUCAUGUUCCCCUUCUGUCAAACUCUCUUCCAUUCAAAAAUAUUAAAAGAUAAAUACAGCCUUGGUCAUUUUUUUUGGAGACUCUCCGCUGUGUGAUUUGUGAGUUCAGGACUGCCAGCCUGCAAUGUCGCACCCAGGGGUUAAACAGCCUGAGAAUCGCAUGCAUACCUGCGAGCUGUACCUGCUGUGCUUUUGGGAGACAUGGGGCAGGGUGUUGCCGCUACCAUGUGUAUCUAUGGCAGAGCUUUCCAAACUGUGUGUUGCGACAUGUUAGUGUGUCGGUUGCAGAGUGUCGGUGUGUCGUGCGAACGCUCCCCGCGCUGCUCCCGGGGCUGGAAAGGGGUCGGUUUAACCUCUGGUUUGCUUGUGAAACUGAAUGACUGUCUUGCGAAAUCAUAGAAUCCUAGAGUUGGAAGAGACCACAAGGGCCAUCCAGUCCAACCCCCUGCCAAGCAGGAAACGCCAUCAAAGCAUUCUUGACAUACGCCUGUCAAGCCUCUGCUUAAAGACCUCCAAAGAAGGAGACUCCACCACACUCCUUGGCAGCAAAUUCCACUGCCGAACAGCUCUUACUGCCAGGAAGUUCUUCCUAAUGUUUAGGUGGAAUCUUCUUUCUUGUAGUUUGAAUCCAUUGCUCCGUGUCCGCUUCUCUGGAGCAGCAGAAAACAACCUUUCUCCCUCCUCUAUAUGACAUCCUUUCAUAUAUUUGAACAUGGCUAUCAUAUCACCCCUUAACCUUCUCUUCUCCAGGCUAAACAUACCCAGCUCCCUAAGCCGUUCCUCAUGAUGCAGAUUUGAAAAGUGUGUCACCAGCAAGAAAAGUCAGCUCUGAUCUUUGGGGUAGAAAGUAGUGCGGCAGCCUCCAGGUGUGAGAUAAAGUGGGUGCGCCGGACUUGGAGAAGGUUCACGAAAGGGGAUGGCGCAACUCAAAAGUUGUAAAAGGCCCGGAAGAGGCAGCAUGUGAGGAGUCGAUACAGGGCUGUCCUAAGCGUAUCUGGUGCCGUGGUGCGGAGAUCCCUCCGGCGCCCCCCCCCCCGUUUCCCAGCGCAGCGCCCUAGCGCAUUGCACUACCCAGCCUUGCCUCAGAGCCAGCCCUGAGUCGAUAGAAUUGCCUGGCAAAGAGGAAGUGGCUAGAGUAAAGCUUUUUUCCUGAUAUCACUGGCGGGCAUCCCAGGAAGCUGAAUGUUGGAAGUUUCAGGACAGAUUUAAUAAUAAAUAUAAUAAAAAAUAAAAAUUAAUGAUAAUAAUAAUAAUUUAUACCUCGCCCAUCUGGCCAUUUAUACCUCGCCCAGCCACUCUGGUCAGCUUUCAACAAAAUAUUAAAAUACAAUAGUCCUUCAGAUAUUAAAAGCUUCCCUAAACAGGGCUGCCUUCAGAUGUCUUCUAAAAGUCUGGUAGUUGUUUUUUCCUUUGACAUCUGGUGGGAGGGCGUUCCACAGGGCGGGUGCCACCACUGAGAAGGCCCUCUGCCUGGUUCCCUGUAUCUUUGCUUCUUGCAGUGAGGGAACCGCCAGAAGGCCCUCGGCGCUGGACCUCAGUGUCCGGCCAGAGCGAUGGGGGUGGAGACGCUCCUUCAGGUAUACAGGACCGAGGCCGUUUAGGGCAGGGGGUCCCCAAAUCUCCGCCGCUGAGGGCCAGUGCUGCCAGCGCCAAUUGCGCUGUGGGCCGGAGCGUGUGGGGUCACACGCCCAUAUGUGUGCACACACACAAUUUCCGGCGCACUUCCAGGUCACCGGAAAUAGCUUGUGCACAUGUGCAUGGGCGUCCUCUGGCCCAGAAGUGCGCUGGAAAUGACGCUUGCGCAUGCGCACAAGCUAUUUCCAACGCUCUGGUGGCCCGGAAGUGGGCAGCUGUGCCGUGCCACGCAGUUAAGAGCGGGCAGCAGGGGUUGCUGGGGCCGCAUAAAAGAGCCUUGUGGGCCGCAUCCGGCCCCCGGGCCUUAGUUUGGGGAAGCCUGGUUUAGGGCUUUAAAGGUCAGCACCAACACUUUGAAUUGUGCUCGGAAACGUCCUGGGAGCCCAUGUAGGUCUUUCAACCGGCCGCUCCCAGUUUCCAGUCUAGAUUGUUCACACAGUGCAUGGUUGAACUAUGCCACAGGAGGCGGUGACAGCCGCUCAAUUAGGUGGCUUAAAAGAGGGUUAGACAAAUUCAUGGAGGAGAGGGCUAUUGAUGGCUACUAGCCAGGAUGGCUUUGCUCUGUCUCCACAUUUGGAGGCAGCGACGCUCCUGAAUGCCAGCUUCUGGAAACCACAGGAGGAGAGAGUGGCUCUCGUUCUUGGAUCCUGCUUGCAGGUUUCCCAAGGGCAUCUGGGUGGCCUCCGAGAAUAGGAUGCUGGACUAGAUGGGCCACUGGCCAGAUCCAGCAAGCUCUUACGUUCUUAAGGGAGAGACUUGAUGCCUAGGCCAGGACAUGACCUGAUGUUUAUGCCCAGCUCCAUGACUCUUGUAGGAGAACUUGCUGCCGUUCCAGAAGACUUAUCAAGAUCUUAUGUCUUGAGUGCAUGUAAACCGGCCCCAGAAAGGGUGCUCAUUUUCUCUCCCCCCCCCCCACAACACAAUGCCUACACUUCUUCCAGUACAUUGUGUUAUUUUCUCUCCGUUUGAAUCUUUUCUCAAAACCAGACCAUCUUUUUAAUUUCAUUUGAAGUGAAGAAGCACCCCCCCAGAGGGAGGAAAUGGCUCGUUUUUGUUCAUCCAGGAAGAACUGACACAAAUGCUUAAGAAAGGCACAAAGUAACAGAGGUAUAAAAAUAAAAAAAAGCAGUGUCAACAUUAGGUUACUCAAACACCGCUGUUUGGCCUAGCUGAGGUAUCUAAUACUCUUGAGAUUCCCCUCUACCUCCCUGCUUUUGUUCUUUGUUCAGCUUUCUUGAGUCCACAAACUGACUGAAAUGCUGACCUUUAUUUCCCUGAAGAGCCUGGAUUUUGUAGCAGGUGAAUGCAAGCUGGGCAGCUGUUUCGUGAGCGAAGGAAAAAGCAAAACUUUACAUUCCCACCUCCUGACACACACAUGCAUCUUGCCUUUCAGCAAACGUAGAGUCCACAAUUUGCCCAUAUUUACCUUCAUCACACCCACCUUGCAAGGAAAGGCUAGGAGGAGGAACAUUUGGCUCUCCAGAUGUGCCAGGACUGUGAUUCCCAUCAGUCCUAGACAGCAUGGCCCGAUGUCACAGAAUCAAAGAGUUGGAAGGGACCCCCCAAGGGUCAUCUGGCCCCAACCUCCUGCAUUGCCAGAAUCUCAACUAAAGCAUCCAUGACAGCAGUCCCGGGGGAGAUGGGAGCUGUAGCCCAACACCAUCUACAGUGGUGCCUCGCUUAACGAACGCCCUGCUUAACGAAAUUUCCGCUUAACGAAAGGAUUUUUCGAGCAGAGGUUGCCUCACUAGACGAAUGCGUUUUCGUCUAGCAAAUAGCAGUUUCCCAUAGGAAUGCAUUGAAAUUCAAUUAAUGCGUUCCUAUGGGCAAAAAACAAUUCAGAAAAAAUUCAAUGCAUUCCUAUGGGACACGCUAGACGAAUUUUUUCGUUAUAAGAAAAGACCCGUGGAACGAAUUAAAUUCGUCUAGCGAGGCACCACUGUACAGGUUUCCCCAUCCCUUGGAUGCAAUGGAAGAGCGAUGGACCCAAUUUUACUUCCUGGCUUGGCUCUGACCCAGGUGUCUCUCUGGUCCAAACUUAGCAUGUCAAAUGAUACAUGGAUUAUUUCAGGCACAGCCCAAGGCCCUUCAAGUGAAUAGAGGACCAUCCAAUGUAGCUGAAUGCUGGGAGAUUGCAGGACUGAAGAAAGGAAGUGCUAUUUGCUAUCAGAGGAGGCAAUGGUGCCCUUCAGUUUAAAAGAGGACCAGAAAAAUUAAUUUAAAAAAUUCCUUCCGGUAGCACCUUAGAGAUCAACUAAGUUUGUUCUUGAUAUGAGCUUCCGUGUGCAUGCACACUUCUUCAGAUACACUGAAACAGAAGUCACCAGACCCUUAUAUAUAGUGAGAGGGUGGGGAGGGGUAUUACUCAGAAGGGUGGUGGGAAUGGGUGAUUGGCUGAUAGGAGCAGUAAACCUGUGGACGACUGUUAACGACUGCAAUUGGUCUUGCAGGGAAAAGCAAGGGGUGAGAUGCCUAAAAAUAGCUUUAUCACAGGCAUCCCCAAACUUCGGCCCUCCAGAUGUUUUGGACUACAAUUCCCAUCUUCCCCGACCACUGGUGCUGUUAGCUAGGGAUAAUGGGAGUUGUAGGCCAAAACAUCUGGAGGGCCGCAGUAUGGGGAUGCCUGCUUUAUCAUGUAUAAUGAGAUAAGAUUCCAAUGUCUCUAUUCAGACCAGGUCUCUCCAUGGUUUUAAGUUUGGUAAUAAGUUGCAAUUCAGCAACUUCUCUUUCCGGUCUAUUCCUGAAAUUAUUUUGUAAUAUUACAGCUACUUUGAGAUCUUGUAUAGAAUGUAGUCAGAAAGAAGAUGUCAGUUUGUACCUGUGCAAGUUUCUUGGUGAGGUUGAUGGACUUCCAUUUCAUGCGGCUCAAUGUGGUGCCUUCCAUAGUUCUAGUUACAGGUAGGUAGCCGUGUUGGUCUGACGUAGUCAAAACAAAAUUAAAAAGUGAAUGGCGGACAGGGAUGUCGAUGGCUGCCGGUCACGAUUGCUAUACUCUGCCUUCACAAUAAGAAGCAGCAAUGCUUGUGAAUCCCAGUCACUGGAAACCACAGGAGGGGAGAACCGUGCCGAACGUCACCCCCCCUUCAGGAUGACAUCCGCACCCCUCCUUCCUACGCCCCUGGCUGGACUACAUGGGCCAUUGACCUGAUCCAGGAAGCUCUGAUCCAGGAAGCCCUUCAGCUCUCUAUAUUGGACAAACAGGCCAAACCCUACGCCAAAGGAUAAAUGGACAUAAAUCUGACAUCAGGAACCACAAGACAGAGAAACCAGUAGGAGAACACUUCAAUCUCCCAGGACAUUCUAUACAAGAUCUCAAAGCAGCUGUUUUAUUACAGAGAAAUUUCAGGAACAGACUGGAAAGAGAAGUUGCUGAAUUGGAACUCAUUACCAAGCUUAAAACCAUGGAGCCACCUGGGAUGAACAAAGACAUAGGAUUCUUAUCUCAUUAUGCAUGAUCAAGCUUUCUUUAGCGCCUCAGCCCUUGCCUUCCCCCCCCCCCCCGCAGGACCAAUUGCAGUCAUCAGCAGUCAUUAACAGCCAUCAACAGGUUUACCACUCCUAUCAGCCCAUCACCCAUUCCCACCCCCCCUCUGUAUAUACAUAAGGGUCUGGCUCUUCUGUUUCAAGUGUAUCUGAAGAAAUGUGCAUGCACACGAAAGCUCAUACCAAAAUAAAAACUUAGUUGGUCUUUAAGGUGCUACUGAAGGAAUUUUUUUAUUUUGCUUCGACUCAGACCAACACGGCUACCUACCUGUAACUAGAUCUAUGAUCUUAUUGGCUAUCACCCGUUAAGCCUCAAAGCAACUCCACUGCAAGGAACGCAGUAAUUUUUGCUCCACAUAUUACAGAUUUGGGGGACGUCAGAGGAAUAGCCGUUUCCCAAAGGCCACCCAGUGAGUCAAUGGCUGGAGUGAGAUUUAAACUCUGGCCCUGAAGAUCAGUCAUGUCACAAAUCAUGCCAGGAAUCAAGCCGGUGAGCAUUGUUUAGCAAUUUAUUGACUGGUGGGAGACAUGCAGGAAAUGAUGUGUUUUCAGUGCCAUUAUUAGCAUCAGAUGUGAGAGAAUUCUCUCCGACAGCCUCUUACACCGAAAGGGAGAAAGCAAGGUGACUGUGGCUAUGCCAGUGGCCCCAUCAGGGCAGGAGGGCCUACCUUGGAGGGUAGGACUUGAACCCAUGGCUUCAAGUUACAAGGAGAUUCCGACUCAACAUCAGGAAGAACUUUCUGACAGUAAAGGGCUGUUUGACAGUGGAACGGUCUCCCUUUGGAGCUGGUGGGCUCUCCUUCCUUGGAGGUUUUUAAGCAGAGGUUGGGUGGCCAUCUGUCAGGGAUCCUUUCGCUGAGAUUCCUUUAAUGCAGGGGGUUGGACUAGAUGACCCUUAGGGUCCCUUCCAGCUCUACCAUUCUGUGAUUCUACCCAGGAAACUGUGCAGGAGGGCUCCCAAAGCCAGCAUGGAUGGUUUGUUUAAUUUGCGGGAUUUAUGCUGGGUGUAGAAUCCAGCUUUCCCCGGGUGCUGAAUCUAAAAAACUGCAGAGCAGAAACGAUUAAGAAAAACAAAUCUUGGUCCAAAAUAGAGCCUUGCAAAGGACAGGUGUGUGUGUGUGUGUGUGUGUGUGUGUGUGUGUGUGUGUGUGUCCCGCCCCCCUUUCCGCUUCUCAAACCCUAGCACUGCCCUGGUACGAAGAAGUUAAUUAUUAUCAGUAAAACUAUUGAUGAGCUGUUGUUUUUCAGGACAAUGAUGUAACUCUGGAAAGAUGUACUGUACAUUCGGCCAGCAGUACAGGAGGCAGAAAGAGGGUCAAUUUGUCACUGGAUCUCAUUCGUUGGGUGGGCUGUUUCAGCCCCUUGCUCUGCAUAUUUGCCACUAGGCUGUGCGUCUCUCUCUCUCUCCCCACCCCGUCCAUUUGCUCUUUUGCAAAAGCUUUGACGUUAUGAGGACCUUGUGAGGAGCUAUUUCGAAAGCUUCGUGCCCUUAUUCAAACACUAGAAACUUUCUGCCCUCACCAGUUAAAACUGCUUUUAAGUUUCCACUGAGUGCAAACCGAAAGGAUGGCACAGCCGUUAGCAUGCAGUGGUUUGCUUGGGAAGACCUGGGUAACAUAGUGCAAUUAGCUUAUUAAAUUUAUGAAUCACAUCUCACCAGAAAGAGGUCCCAAAGCAAUUUGUUUAGGCUCUUGCAGAAUUGGCUACUGUUCUUCUUUCUCCAGGUUAAAUAGGGUUGUCAUAUUCCCAAAAGUGAAAAUCCGGACAAAAUUAUUGGGGCUUUUUUUUUUAUUUGUAAAGCAUUUUUUAAAAAAUUGCCCUCCGUCUGUGUUUUCCUGGAUAUUUUGCCAAUUCAGCGAAAAUCAACCCGGAAGCCGUUUUGACAGCCCGAUUCCCAGACAUAUGGCAGCCCCUUGGUUGAUGUAAAAGAUUUUCCAAGUCCAUGCCAUGGAUGACUGCAUACAAAACUCAACAUCUGUACACGCAUUUGUCCUGGAAGACAACGUAUCGCCAAAAAACGACAAAGCGGGACCUGGGUGUGCAUAAAUGUUGCUUAUGUUUGUGGUUGUUAACAAGAAAAAGAAGAGGAAGAAAAUUUAUAUACUGCCCUUCAUCGUAACAUCCCAGGGCAGUUCACAGAAUAAAAAACAGGAUAAAAACCAAGUAGAUAAUUGAAACAAAACAGGAAAAUAAUAAACCCCUCCUUCCUGCAGACACAUAUAAAAGGCUGUAGAAUAUUAAUCAGCCCAAGGGCUGGUGCCUAAAAUAUAUACAGGUGAAACUCGGAAAAUUAGAAUAUCGUCGAAAAGUGCAUUUAUUUCAGUAAUGCAACUUAUUAUUUUUUUUUAUUUUAAUUUUUACAAAUGCUUUCUUUUGGAAAUUCCAAAGUAAUAAAACAAAUAGUUACAAUAAUACAAAAAUAAACA